ACACAAUGUCAAGCAAAAUAUUCCACAACACCAGUCUGAUCGAGCUUUUUUUCGGUUGACGGGUGGAGUUUCCAGAGCAUUUACUUCCAAUAUAACCUACUAACUAACUAUAAAUAGGAUAUUGAUGUCAUUUGGUGGCACACAAAACGGCGGUCGCCGUAGUAAAUGGGACCAGCCCGGGCCGGGUUCAGGGGGGAUGGGAGAAGCGGAGGCAGCACCUACCGGGGCUCUGGAUGCUGCCGCUGCGGUGGCUGCAAAGAUCAACGCCAUGCUGGUGGCCAAGGGGAAACUGAAGCCUUCUCAGAUCGGAAGCUCUGGUCCUCCUGACAAGGUUGUAGGGAUGGGGAAGCCUCAGAUGGCCAUGAAAGCAAAGGAUGAUUUGGUGGUGGCCGAGGUGGAGAUCAACGAUGUGCCUCUCACCUGCAGAAACCUGCUGACCCGAGGGCAGACACAGGAUGAGAUCAGCAGAGUGAGCGGUGCUGCUGUCUCCACCAGGGGGCGCUACAUGGCUUCUGAAGAGAAGGGCAAAGCAUUACCAGGGGACCGGCCUCUCUACCUGCAUGUCCAGGGCCAGACCAGGGAGCUGGUGGACAGAGCGGUGAACAGGAUCAAGGAGAUCAUCACCAACGGUGUGGUGAAGGCUGCCACGGCAACCUCCACCGCCCUGUCCUCCUCCUACAGCCCCGCCACCGUCAUCUACCACCACCAGAACCCCCCGCCCCCAUCACUGCCCCCCAUGAGCCACCACAAGCCUCACUUCCAGUCUGGGAUGCACUAUGUGCAGGACAAGCUGUUUGUGGGUCUGGAGCACGCCAUCCAGGGCUUCACGGUGAAGGACAGGGUGGAGGGCCCCUGCUGUUCUUACCUGCAGCACAUCCAGAUGGAGACUGGAGCCAAAGUGUUCUUGCGGGGCCGGGGCUCUGGCUGCCUGGAGCCUGCCUCUGGAAGAGAGGCCUUCGAACCCAUGUACAUCUAUAUCAGUCAUCCCAAACCGGAGGGUCUUGCAGCAGCCAAGAUCUUGUGUGAAAACCUCCUGCAGACAGUCCAUGCAGAAUACUCCCGCUUCCUAAACCAGAUGAGUUCCAUGAUGCCUACUCAAGGCUUCAUCCAGCCGCCGGUGGUGAACGGGAUGCCCCCCCAGCCCCAGUACUACCCCCCUGCUGGGUUCCAACCAGGCUACCCUAUGCCUGUGCCUCCCCCACAACCCCAGCCCCAACCUGUCCCGCCCCCCUACACUGUCCCCCCUCCCAUACCCCCUGGUGCCCCCACUGGUGUCCCUCCUCUAGGUUCUCAGUACUCCCUCCCCCCCACCCCGGUCUCCAUGCCUCAGGCUCUUCCUCCAGCUCCCUUCCCCCCAGCUGCUGCUACUCUGCCUAAAGCCCCGCCUCCAGUCCUCUCAGCCAAUCAACCGCAGAAGAGACGAUUCACAGAAGAGAUCCCAGACGAGGCAGACAGCGGCCUGCUGGGAUACCAGCAUGGACCCAUUCAUAUGACUAAUUUAGGUGCAGGCUUCACCGUGGCCACCCCAGAGGCCUCAGGACCCCCGCCCCAGAGUUCCUCCAGCCCGCCGAGGGAGAGGGACAGUAGGCAGCUAAUGCCCCCACCCAUGCCCAUGAACGGAGGAGUGCGACCCGCGGCGGAGGAGAGGAGGCUGCAGCACGGCCCCCUGGAGCCCUCAGUGAAGCGCAUGAAGGCGGGUCUCGUGGCGUACGCUGGUGACUCAUCCGACGAAGAGGAGGAUCACUCCACCCCCAAACACUCGGGGGCAGGUAACCCUGGGGGGCCCCCUCCCCCCGUCUCCCCAGGCUGGACGCUGGGGUACCGGUGCCCCCCUCCUCCUCCCCCACGGGCCAAAACACAGCAGCAGCAGCAACAUCAGCAGCCGCCACACAUGCCAUUCUGGAUGGCUCCCUGAGACUGGAGUUCAUGUUCUCCCCCACCAUAAAGCCCCCCCUGACCCCCCCGCCCCCCUGACCCCCCGCCCCCUGCUGUGGAUGCAAGAUCAAACAAGCUCCGCCCCCUACUACGCCUUGCCAAACUGUAGCUGCUCCAAUUGGACGGUCUCUUUUUCUAAUGAAGUGGAUUGACUUUGAUACCGUUGUCUUGUGCUCAGCAGUGAAGAGGUGUGUUGUGAAUGACUUGUACAGACUCUUUAUAAAGAGGAAAGACUGAGAAACAGUGAAGCAUGUCAGUGUUUGGGAUGUCUGCAUAUGGUUUGGGUUUAAGUGUGCGAAGAUGUAAGGUGCCCUAGGUGUGUACAAGCUACUAAGUGGACGCUCAUUGUGAAUCAUUUCAGUAUGUGUCUCCCUUCAGAUUUACUAUCUUAACAAAUAGCUGCUGUUAAGGACAUGUACACCACGUUAAACAGAUAGGGUCAUAGUUUCCACACUUUUUCUGUCUUCAUCUCUCCACCUUAAUUUUUCUUUUCAGAACGAGACUUGCCCUCUAUUGUCCCCUUGUAGCACAGAUCUUACCAAUAGGCCUUUUUGGCUUGUCUGUACGACGACCGACUCGGAACUAUUCUCAAUGCUUUUGUGAAAUAAACAUUAUUUAUUACCGUG